ACAAAAUUAGCAAUUUUUUUGCUUUAAAGUAAUUGUUAAAAACAAAAAACAAGACGCUUCGAUGGAACGAUGGAAGUUAGCUUGAUACUUUGAUCUGUUCUGCAACUGCAUGAUGGUUACUCUGCUUGGUUCAUUGGAGAGUUCGAAAGAAGAUCCAGCUUCAAGUUUCACUCUGCUCCACGGCUGGUGCUAGGGAACUUAUGCAGCACAAUGAUGGGAAGAUUGGGUGUUUGUUUCUCAUUUAAGAAGCUUGAUCAAGAAGUUAUGGUGCUAUAUCUGUUGUGAGUUAAUGUCUUUUCUUUUGUUGGCCUAACUAGAGUGAAUAUUCUCAAAUGUUCCGAUUGUGCCAUAUUGGAAAUGGGAGAUGGCUUUAUCUAUUGGGAAUAGUGGCUGUUAACUCCCUACUGUUUCAGUCAAUACUGGUUACAGUUGGAAAUGCUCCUUGGUCUUCUUCAUUGCAAGAAUAUCAUAAGCACAGGGAUGAUUUUAUAAGCUUUCCAUUGUUACAUUCAGCUACAAAGUUUUCUACUGCUUUGAAUCCUUUAACAAUUAAUGGUUCAGAUUCUAUUAAUUUUUCUGCUUUCGCUGGCAUCAAGAAAAAUGUACAUAUUUCCAUUCCUAGUGAUGGAACCCAUUAUCCAAAGUGGUUAAAUGGAAUGAAAAAUGAUAGACAGAGUUCUACUGAUGCUUUGGAAGUUGGGACAGAUAGGAAUGGCGUCCAUAGUUUCCCUGAGAAGAAAGUUGAUGAUAAAAAUGAGAGCCCAGAGUUCAAUGUUGUUGGCAUUAAGAAUAAUCUCAUGCCAAUUUUAGGCAGGAAAAGUGAAUAUGACCUUUCAGCAAAGCAAAUUUUGAAGACAAAAAGUGAUAUUUAUACAAAUUAUCAAUUGGUAGAAGACAAAAAUAUGGAUUCAAGUGAAGCUGAGGGAGUUUAUAUUCAUUUCCAGUCUCCUAUGCCUGAUAAUGUGACCCACCCAAAUUCCAACUCGUCAGCUGGUUCUUCUCUGAAGCAAAAUGAUUCAGCUGACUCACAGAAUGGCGUUUCAACAAGUAUUCUUGGGAGAAGGAAAAUGAAGUGUGAAAUGCCACCUAAGUCAAGAACUUUAAUACAAGAGAUGAACCAGAUAUUAGUGAAGCAUCGAGCUAAGUCUCGUGUAAUGAAACCGCGAUGGCCCUCCAAACUUGACCGGGAAAUCCAAGCUGCUAAGUUGGAGAUUAUGCACGCUUCUACGGUGGCACAUGACAAAGAACUUUAUGCUCCUCUCUUCCGCAAUGUUUCCAUGUUUAAAAGGAGCUAUGAACUCAUGGAACGCACACUCAAAGUUUAUAUAUACAAGGAUGGAGACAAACCCAUCUUUCAUCAACCUAUACUCGAGGGACUUUAUGCAGCAGAGGGAUGGUUUAUGAAGCUGAUGGAAGAAAACAAGAAUUUUGUAGUGAAGAAUCCUGCAAAGGCCCACCUAUUUUAUUUGCCAUUUAGUUCACGUAUGUUAGAGCACUCUCUUUAUGUGCGCAGCUCUCAUAAUCGUACAAAUCUUCGCCAGUAUUUGAAGGACUAUACAGAGAAAAUUGCAGCAAAAUAUCCAUACUUUAACAGAACCAGUGGAGCUGACCAUUUUCUUGUCGCAUGUCAUGAUUGGGCUCCAUAUGAAACAAGGCACCACAUGGAAUACUGCAUAAAAGCUCUCUGUAUUGCUGAUGUAACACAGGGCUUCAAAAUAGGAAGGGAUGUUUCUCUCCCAGAAACUUAUGUUCGGUCAGCAAAAAACCCUCUUAGAGAUCUGGGUGGAAGGCCACCUGAUCAAAGGCCUAUUCUUGCUUUCUAUGCUGGGAGUUUGCAUGGCUAUUUGCGUCCAAUAUUGCUAAAGCACUGGAAGGACAAAGACCCCAAUAUGAAGAUAUUUGGCCGAAUGCCUCCUGGUGUUGCCAGCAAAAUGAGUUACAUCCGGCACAUGAAGAACAGCAAGUACUGCAUUUGCCCAAAAGGGUAUGAGGUAAGCAGCCCAAGGGUGGUUGAAGCCAUAUUUUACGAGUGUGUGCCAGUGAUCAUAUCUGACAACUUUGUACCACCAUUUUUUGAGGUUUUGAAUUGGGAUGCAUUCUCAGUGAUUCUUGCAGAGAAGGAUAUUCCGAGAUUGAAAGACAUUCUUGAUUCAAUACCAGAAGAGAAGUUUCUUAGUUUGCAACUUGGGGUCAGGAGGGUUCAGAAACAUUUUCUCUGGCGCACAAAGCCUCUUAAAUAUGAUCUCUUCCACAUGACCCUUCACUCUAUUUGGUAUAAUAGAGUGUUUCAAAUAAACGUAAGGUCAUGAUGCACACUGAAAUGUAGAAGGUCUUUUCUUUUCUUGUUUUCUUUUUUGGUUGCCUGAGAAAUGCAGAAGGCAUAAAGAGGGGAAUGUGACUGUAAUAUUUGACUCUAGGCUUUUUAAUGUACCACAUUCUGAAUGAGUGGGGAUUGUGUUCAAUUUUAUUGUUCUUGUAUGUAA